AUGAUCCUCCGAUCUGUUCGGUAUGCCUCUUCGACAAGUAAAACAGCACAAAAACCUCUGGUUGACGAUUAUACUUACUGUAUAAACAGUGUACGAAAAAGUGAUCAUGAAAACUUCCUAUGUACAGGAUUACUACGACCAACGAUUCUACAGCGACCAGCCAUGGCUAUUCGAGCAUUGAAUGUUGAACUUGCAUCUGUACGCGAUCAAGUCUCGAACACAAAUAUUGGACAAAUGCGACUUCAGUUUUGGCACGAUACAAUCGACGCUUCGACAAACAAAACCGAUAAUCGAAAGAUUAACCAUCCUGUUGCACGAGAAAUCGAUCUUGUUCUUCGACUCUAUCAACUAUCGAAGUUAUGGUUUCAUCGGCUGAUCAAAAGUCGACAAAUCACAUUGCAUGAUAUGCCAUUUGCAGACAUCGAACAGCUAGAAAGCUAUUUAGAACAAUCGAUUACUCCAACUUAUUAUCUCCUUCUAGAAUUAGCCAAACAACGAUCACUAAACGCUGAUCAUAUUGCGUCGCACCUCGGCCGUUCUCAAGGUUUGAUUAAUAUUGUUCGUGGUGUACCGUACAAUGCUCAAAAACGUCGCUGUUUCAUCCCUCUUUCAUACCUUGUUGAACAGAACCUUUCUCAACAAGAUGUCAUCAACGGAGACUUCACUAAUGAGAAGUUUCGUCAGAUUAUCUAUCAGCUAUGCAAUCGGUCUUGUUUUCAUUUGCGCAAAUCCGUAGAAUUGUUUGAACAAGAUAAACACUUUCAAAAAUUCAAUCUUUUAUCAUCAACAAACAAUUCGCAUCGUAGUUUAUUCUUACCAAUUAUUGUUGUAUAUGAUUAUCUAAAACGUAUCAAAACAGCCGACUUUGAUCUAACGAAUAAAAUUAUCAUGUUCGGUAGCAUAGCUACUCCGGCUGCUCAGAAAGAUGUGGAAGUACCUCAACCACCCGACGAUGCAAUUUCCUGCUUGAAGUUCUCUCCAGCCUCGGUUCCUCAAACAUAUUUGAUUGCCAGUUCAUGGGCCAACGAUAUUCGCUGUUGGGAGAUUCAAUCCAAUGGCCAGACAGUCGCAAAAGCAAUGCAGAAACAUGACGCGCCCAUCCUCAGCUGUUGCUGGUCGGAGGACGGCUCAAAAGUAUUUACAGCGAGUUGUGAUAAAACAGCGAAAAUGUGGGAUUUACAAGCGAAUACGUUCGUUCAAAUUGCGGCACAUGAUCAACCCAUACGAACCAUACAUUAUAUUCAGCGACCUUCAUAUUCAUGUGUUAUGACCGGUAGUUGGGAUCGGACUGUGAAGUUUUGGGAUAUGCGUCAACCAACACCAUUAAAACAAUUAACAUUGCCUGAACGUAUCUAUGCUGCUGAUGUUUUUGGUCCCAUGGCUGUUAUAACUACAGCUGAUCGUGCCAUUCAAAUCUAUUCACUCGAUCAAGGUCCAACUGAGUACAAAAAAAUGGAAUCAUUACUUAAAUAUCAGCAUCGUUGUGUCUCGAUUUUCACCGAUAAAUCUCGCAAUCCAACAGGAUUUGCUGUGGGUUCGAUCGAAGGCCGUGUGGCCAUCAUGUACGUCGAAGCAGCUAAUCCUAGCGCCGAUAACUUUACAUUCAAAUGUCAUCGUUCAACGCCAACAGCACCUGUGAACACUCAAGACAUCUUUUCAGUUAAUGACAUUGCUUUCCAUCCUGUUCAUGGAACAUUAGCAACGGUUGGUAGCGAUGGUCGGUACAGUUUUUGGGACAAAGACGACCGUACGAAAUUGAAAACAAGUGAUGCGAUUAACGAUCAGCCAAUCACAUGUUGUGCUUUCGAUGCACGUGGUCAAUUAUUCGCCUACGCGAGUUCAUACGAUUGGCAUAAGGGACAUGAAGGAAACGUUCAAACGAAGAAAAAUGCCAUUCUCUUAAGACAAUGUUUCGAAGAAAUGAAACCCAAGCCCAAAAAAUAG